AAUAAAAAUUAUUUAUUAUAAAUUUUAAAGAAGGAAAGAAAAGGAAACACAGCAAAACAGUACAGCUCCCUUAACACCUCGCUCCCACCCAUCCACACAUUGGAUUUCUAAUAGCCUGAGUUUUCUCAGGGGAAAGCAUUUUCUUCAAACUAGGCAUUAUUCUCAAGCUUGUUUUUGAGAGCAGCUAAAAGGUUAUUUUAACAGGCUGCAAACAGGUUGUGCCAUAUGGUAUCCUCUUCCAAAUGAAUAUGAGGAAAAUGCAAACAGAGUCAGUUUGUGAGGAGAAGGCUGGAUUGAUUUCAUUUCUUUCUGUUCUUUCUUUGAAGGUUUUAAUGAAAUCUGCUACCGGUGAGAGAAAUUGACUAGUAAUAAUUGUUGGGUGAUAAUAAUCCUGCAGCUUGGAAAUAGACGAGAGGAAAAGUGUCUCUGUUAAUGUUUAGGUCUUUGAAAUGUCAGAUAGCACAGAAGGAGGAACAAAAAGCAACUCUAGCUUAGGGACGCCCAGGCAUAGAAGUGUCUGAACAGUCACUAUCACUCCCUAAAUGGCCUGGGGUAGGGACCAAUACUGCCCUCCCUUCUCAGAUGAAUGGGGAUGGGGCCCAUUUCUGGCUGGUGUUUUGGGUGGUUAGGACAUGUAUGCCAGAAAAGGAACACACUGCGCUCCAUCUGUCUGUGGCUAUGGGUUCCGAGUUCUCACAAGAGGGCGGGAGUCAGGCUCCGAACAUGACACAUCUACCCUCUGGGCCUCAGUUUCCCCAUGUAAAAAAGGAGGGGAUUGGGGUCAUGAUCUCCAAGGUUCCUUCGAUCUCCGAGAUGCCAUGAUUCUCUGGACUUUCAGCUCCCCCGGCCUGAUUGUCAUCUGUAAAACGACGGGAUUCGCGUCUAUCCAUCCUGACUUCACAGAUGAGGAGACUGAGGCUCACUAAGGCUCCUACAGGUUCCGACAUUCUAGCCUCUUCCCUUCCGGGGCCGGUUUCCCCAUCGGCGAAAGAGAGGAGGAGUCUUAAUCUCUAAGGGCCGGCCCCUCACAGCCGGUAAACCCCAGGGUCCCCCCGGAGCACAGGUGUGACCAGGAUCCGGUGACUCCGGGACUGGAAAGAUCACCGCGUCCAAUUUCCUCCCUCUCCCAUUUCCAGACGAAGAAACUGAGGCUCAGGAGGGGCAGCACUUGCCCGAAGACGGAGAAGAAACGGGGCGGGAGGCUAGCGAGUUGCUAGCUGCCAGACCCCACUAGCUUAUUCUCUCCAUUCCCACGGCUGCCUCAGAGGGAGGAGACGGCGGAUCAGGGGGUGGAGCCAGGUCAAGUCAACCCGCCAAGUGACGUCAUCGCGGGCUGUUCCCGGGGCAGCUCCGCCGCAAGGGAGGCCCUAUGCUCCGCCUCUGACUCCGCCCCCGACGCAGGUCCCGCCCCUCCCGCUCGCCCGGCGCCGGGAUCUCGCCUCACAUCCGGGUCCCGCCGCCGCCGCCGCCCGGGCCUCCCUCUUUCAGCUUCGCGGGAGCCGAGAGAAUCCCGACCAAAAUGGCGGCCGUGGGGCGAGCCGGCUCCUUCAGCUCCUCGCCGCCGGCUCUGACCGCCGCCAACGGCUUCGCUCCAGCCACCUGCACGGGUAACGGCGACAAGGCCGAGGAAGACGAUGGACAGAACCUCUGGUCCUGCAUCCUCAGCGAGGUCUCCACCCGUUCCCGCUCCAAGCUCCCAUCGGGCAAGAACGUCCUACUGCUAGGUGAAGAUGGAGCUGGAAAAACAAGCUUGAUAGGGAGAAUCCAAGGAAGACCAGAGGAAUGCAAGAAAGGGAGAGGUGCUGAGUAUUUGUACUUGAGCGUUCAUGAUGAGGACAGAGAUGAUCAAACAAGAUGUAAUGUGUGGAUUUUAGAUGGAGACCUAUAUCACAAAGGACUCCUUAAAUUUGCAAUGGAAGCCAACUCUCUGAGAGACACUUUAGUUAUUCUGGUUGUUGACAUGUCAAAGCCUUGGACUGCUUUGGAUUCUUUACAAAAAUGGGCAAGUGUUGUGAGAGAACAUAUUGAUAAGCUCAAAAUUCCUCCUGAGGAAAUGAAAGAAAUGGAACAGAAAUUGAUUAGAGAUUUCCAAGAAUAUGUAGAGCCAGGAGAAGAUUUCCCAGCAUCUCCACAGAGAAGAAGUACAUUACAGGAAGACAAAGAUGAUAGUGUCAUGUUACCUCUGGGUGCAGACACGCUCACAUAUAACUUAGGCGUCCCAGUGCUUGUAGUUUGCACAAAGUGUGAUGCCAUUAGUGUAUUGGAAAAAGAACAUGAUUACAAAGACGAACACUUUGACUUUAUUCAAUCACAUAUCCGGAAGUUUUGUUUACAGUAUGGUGCAGCACUUAUUUACACUUCAGUAAAGGAAAAUAAAAAUAUAGAUUUAGUAUAUAAGUACAUUGUUCAGAAAUUAUACGGAUUCCCUUUUAAGAUUCCUGCUGUUGUUGUGGAAAAAGAUGCAGUAUUUAUUCCAGCAGGAUGGGAUAAUGAUAAGAAAAUAGGAAUUUUACAUGAAAAUUUUCAAACGUUAAAAGCAGAAGAUAGUUUUGAAGAUAUUAUAACCAAACCACCUGUCCGAAAGUUUGUUCACGAGAAGGAGAUUGUAGCAGAAGAUGACCAAGUGUUUCUUAUGAAGCAGCAGUCCCAGUUAGCAAAGCAACCACCCACAGCAGCUGGACGGCCAGUGGAUUCCUCUCCACGAGUUCCUGGUGGUUCCCCUCGAACACCUAAUAGAGCAGUGUCAUCCAAUGUGGCCAGCGUGUCGCCCAUCCCUGCUGGGUCCAAAAAAAUUGACCCAAAUAUGAAAGCUGGUGCUACAAGUGAAGGGGUACUCGCUAAUUUCUUCAAUAGCUUGCUGAGUAAAAAAACAGGCUCCCCUGGGGGCCCUGGCGUUGGUAGCAGCAGCCCUGGAGGUGGUGGGGGCAGUGGCGGCGGCGGCAGUUUACCAUCGUCGGCAAAAAAGUCAGGCCAGAAACCUGUCUUGACAGAUGUUCAGGCAGAAUUGGACAGAAUUUCACGAAAACCUGAUAUGGUUUCCCCCACAUCACCAACGUCCCCAACAGAAGGAGAAGCAUCUUGAAGAUACCAAAUAAAGCCAUUUAUUCAGUUUUCUGAGAUAAUGUAAACUUGCCUCUGCCUUUUCCUUCAAAAGUGGAAUUAGGGAGCUGAAACAUUUUUUUCAGAAGGAUAAAAUUGCUGUCUUUUUUGUUGCCCAAUCUUACAAAAAGGGACCUGUACAAAUGGAAAAUUAAACUAGACUAUGUUGGACUCCUGUGUGCAUUGCCACUUUGCAUAAGGAAGUAAUUUUGAGAUUUUGAAAACUCAAAAUAAUUUCUAAAACUGCAAUUUGUCCAUUUGAUCUUAUUCUAACCACCAUUUGGGGUUUGUUUUUGUUUUGCUUUGUUUUUUAAUUGGGAGGGUUUGGGUGGUAAGCAAUAUGCAACUGGGCACCAGACUGACUCCGAAAUCCCUGCCUGUUUUAGCGUUAGGGUUGUUAAGAUGGUUAAGAUGGUAAAUGAAUUAAUCUGUUAGUUUUCUUGGAAGACCGAUAUCAUUCGUUCACUCUUGUGCACCAACAUGAAUGAAUUCAGAUUUGUUUACUGCCAUGUGUGGAAUGUGCUCACAAAGCUCCUGGAUCUCAUUUGGACCACUAAGUUCUAUCGAAAGUUGUGGGGCAGCGUCAUCUCCCAAGUAGAUGGAUGAUCUAGAGAAAUGUUGACCAAGUUUUAUCUAAUUAACUAGCAGAACAAGACAGCCCACUGCCUGAUUGUAAUAAAGAAAAAUGCAGAGGUUAUCAAAAUGAAAAGAAAAACAAUUUACAUAUUUGUUUCUCUGGCCCAGCCUUAAUACUUACUUUAUGUUUUCCAUAUUACCAUGAUGGUUUUAAUUAUCAGUCUUUUAAACUGUAAUCAGUUAAUAAAGUAUUUAUUCUCUGCAUUCAGAUCUAAA